AUGUGCCCGUCUCGACGUGGUGUGCAGUGUAUUAUCGCGCGCGCGGAUGCGACGGCCGACGAGGAAGCGGGUGUAGCACGACCGGACGGGAUUCCGCUUGCGUUGUGUCAUGUGUACGAUGACGGAGAAGGAUCCGAGUUGAGGUGGCUCCCGAGACGCGCGAAUUUUCCCGCGAACAGUGCCGAUCGUGCAUCGCCGUUGACCCACGGAGCCGGCAAACUGGAGAUCCUGGGGAUGUUCCCGCCGCGCACGGAGGCGCCGACAGCCGACAAGCUGACGUUCUGCUACGCACCCCAUGUCGACAUGGCCACGGUCAUCGAAGUCGAGGACCGUCUAACUGGUCAUGGUGGCAUCUCCUCGCUGGGCGGCGGGAAUUCGUCGCCCUAUUCCGGUGCCCAUCACCACGGACACCGGGGAAACGGAAACGGGGGCGGUAUGCCCCACCACGGAGGCGCCUCGUUACCGACCGCCUCCGACUUCCAACCCCCUUAUUUUCCACCCCCGUUUCCUUCGCAUCAUCAUGCACCCGCUAGCCCCCAGCAUCCCGGCCUCGGCCAACCGCAACACCUGGAUUACCUCGUCGGUGAUCCUUAUACGCAAACGCUCAACACACUACACCAACACCAUUACAAUCACCUGAGCGCUGCCGUCACCGCGGGCCAAAGGAGCGGCGAUCUCAGAAGAGACGCCGAGGGAAUUCACGUGACGAACAUGCACGCGUCUUUCCCGUACGACGGCGGACGCAGUAGUGGUGGAGGCGGCGGUGGCGGAGGCGGCGGCGGUGGCGGUGGUGGCAGCGGUGGAAGGGGUGUCGAGUAUGGCGCCGUACGCCGUCCUGACGCCCUCCUACCGCCUCCGGGCCUCGACCAGACCGACCUCGUUCUACACAGCAGCCUCGUUGACGACCCCCAGGUGAGCGACGAUAACACAAAUGUGGAUGACGGAGGGUUCAUGAACGACCUACCACUAUUAAAAAAUAUGAAACCUUCGGACAGGAGCGAGAAGGCUAUGUUGUCCGGAAACGCGCAACCGUCGGACGUAUUCUGUUCGGUCCCAGGACGAUUAUCGUUACUAAGCAGCACCAGCAAGUACAAAGUUACGGUAGCGGAGGUACAAAGACGACUGUCGCCACCGGAAUGUUUGAACGCGAGUCUCCUCGGUGGCGUGUUACGAAGGGCGAAAUCCAAAAAUGGUGGGCGUCUGCUUAGGGAAAAAUUGGAAAAAAUUGGUUUGAAUCUACCAGCCGGUAGAAGGAAGGCCGCCAACGUCACGCUCUUAACAUCUUUAGUGGAAGGAGAAGCCAUUCACCUUGCCAGGGACUUUGGCUACGUUUGCGAAACCGAAUUCCCCGCGAAGCAAGUCGCCGAAUAUCUCAGUCGGCAGCAUUGCGAACCACAAGACUCCUACAGGAGAAAAGAACUUCUUCAUGCCACCAAACAAAUCACCAAAGAGCUGAUGGAUCUUUUGAAUCAGGACAGAUCGCCGCUCUGCAAUACGCGGCCACAACAUAUCCUCGAUCCCAGUAUACAGAGACAUCUCACCCAUUUUUCUCUCAUAUCACACGGAUUCGGAAGUCCUGCAAUCGUGGCCGCUUUAACGGCUAUACAGAAGUUCCUAAGCGAGUCUUUGAAUCAUCUAGAGAAGAUGUAUCCCGGGAACGGUAGCGGUGUGACGAGCAGUCAACAGUCGAAUCUCGACUCCAACAAAAGUAAGGACAGCGCGCUGAUGAACGACAUGAAGAAGUGA